GAGGUUUUGGGUGUGUGGGGGUGAGAAGUGUGAGUCCCAGGGCAGCCUAGUCUGCAUAUAGCAAAAUCCUGUUUAGACAAGAAAAAAAGAAUGAAAAAAGUCCUUGCGUCCGAGCUGUCUUGGAGGAAAGCCCAGGGGCUGCCCCUUAGUUUCCUGGCGGAAGUUCUCUCCAGAGAGGGAAGCACCUUGGAGACUAAGUCACCAGUAGCUGGACGUGUCUCAGAGCUGGUGACCAGUCUCUGUGGUUGGGAAAUGUUUCACUGGAUGUGAUAGUGGGGAUCAGACAUUUUGCCAGAAGUUUACUGCAUCACCAGGACGAAGAUGAGUCUGAAGUCCGAGCGCCGAGGGAUUCAUGUGGAUCAAUCUGAGCUGCUUUGCAAGAAAGGAUGCGGUUACUAUGGCAACCCUGCCUGGCAGGGCUUCUGCUCCAAGUGCUGGAGGGAGGAGUAUCAAAAGGCCCGGCAGCGGCAGAUUCAAGAGGACUGGGAGCUGGCAGAACGACUUCAGCGGGAGGAGGACGAGGCUUUUGCCAGCAGUCAGAGCAGCCAAGGGGCCCAAUCACUCACAUUCUCCAAGUUCGAAGAAAAGAAAACCAAUGAGAAGACCCGGAAGGUCACCACAGUGAAAAAAUUCUUCAGUGCCUCUUCCAGGGUUGGAUCAAAGAAGGCAGAAAUUCAGGAAUCCAAAGCUCCUAGUCCCUCCAUAAACCGACAAACCAGCAUUGAGACCGAUCGAGUGACAAAGGAAUUCAUAGAAUUUCUCAAGACCUUCCACAAGAUAGGCCAAGAAAUCUAUAAACAAACGAAGAUGUUUUUGGAAGGAAUGCAUUACAAAAGGGAUUUGAGCAUUGAGGAGCAGUCAGAAUGUACACAGGACUUUUACCAGAAUGUGGCUGAAAGAAUGCAGACGCGUGGGAAAGUGCCUCCAGAAAGAGUCGAGAAGGUAAUGGAUCAGAUUGAAAAGUACAUCAUGAUCCGGCUCUAUAAACAUGUGUUCUGCCCAGAGACUACUGACGAUGAGAAGAAAGAUCUUGCCAUUCAAAAACGAAUCAGGGCUCUGCACUGGGUGACACCUCAGAUGCUCUGUGUCCCUGUCAAUGAGGAAAUCCCAGAAGUGUCUGACAUGGUCGUUAAAGCGAUCACAGACAUCAUUGAGAUGGACUCGAAACGUGUGCCCCGAGACAAGCUGGCCUGCAUCACUAGGUGCAGCAAGCACAUCUUCAAUGCCAUCAAGAUCACCAAGAAUGAGCCAGCCUCGGCUGAUGACUUCCUGCCCACCCUCAUCUACAUUGUCCUGAAGGGCAACCCCCCUCGCCUACAGUCCAACAUCCAGUAUAUCACCCGCUUCUGCAACCCCAGCCGGCUGAUGACCGGUGAGGACGGCUACUACUUCACCAACCUGUGCUGUGCUGUGGCUUUCAUUGAGAAAUUAGAUGCUCAGUCUUUAAAUUUAAGUCAGGAGGAUUUUGAUCGCUACAUGUCCGGCCAGACGUCCCCCAGGAAGCAGGAGUCUGAAAGUUGGUCCCCCGAGGCCUGCUUAGGCGUGAAGCAGAUGUAUAAGAACUUGGACCUCCUGUCUCAGUUGAAUGAACGACAGGAAAGGAUCAUGAACGAAGCUAAGAAACUUGAGAAAGACCUAAUAGACUGGACGGAUGGAAUUGCGAAGGAAGUUCAAGACAUUGUUGAGAAAUACCCACUUGAGAUUAAGCCCCUAAACCAGCCAUUAGCAGCCAUUGACUCUGAAAAUGUUGAGAAUGACAAGCUCCCUCCUCCACUGCAGCCUCAGGUGUAUGCAGGGUGAUGGCCACUACCACGUGAUGGCGUUGCCUGGCUCUGGCUUUGCUCGUGGUCUUAUUUAUUUGAGCCUUAGUCCCUGGGAACUCUGCCAUACUCCACUGACUGGGCCUGAAAUAUGAAUUAACUGCUUAUAAAUGCCAGAGUAUUUUUAAGGUACAGUUUUUAGGGAUUGUUUUGUUUGUUUUAUUUUGUUUUGUUUUUCCUAGCAGGGGAAGUCCAGAGAAUAAUAAUGUACUAUUUAUUUGAGUUGAUAAAAUGAGUUUGUGUGAAUUUUGUCUCAAUCUUUAAUAUUCUCCCUGAUUUUCUUAUGGACUUCUCUGUGGUAGUCACUGUAGUUGGUUUUGGGUAAAUACUGUUUUUUAAAGGAUAAAACAAAUGCUACAAAGUCUAUGUUAAAAUGAACUCAAUGUUUCUACACUCCCAGUUUGAAAUAAUUUUGUAAUUGUAAAGAUAGAAGAUAUGUUAAUAAGUAAAUAUGUAAAAUUGUAAAUAUGUAAAAAAAAAAGGGGGGGGUGGUAUCUGCCAUGCAUGGCAUUUCAUGUAUUGAUAUUUUUUAGGUUAAAAUGAAAUAUAUAAAAUAUUUCCCUUUAGCACCAUUUUAUUUGGUUUGCCCCACUAAAAAGAAUCUGAAAGUAUUUAUGCAUAUUCCUCUUAAAAAUCUGGACUGUACCAUUAACAGUAUAUUAGCACAAUUUCCCUAACUUUGAGGUCCUGUGAGGUACAAGUUAUGAAGUUGUGGCACCAUUGAGUCUCACAAUAACUUUUAGGUCACAUAAAAUUGCUAUUUAGGGGACCUUGAGACAUGGCUCAGUUGGUAAAGUGCUUUCAGUGCAAGCAUGAGGACCUGAGUUCCACAUCCAGCACUCAGAUGAAAAGCCAGGCAUGUAAUCCCAGCACUGAGGAGGCAGAGUCAGGCAGAUCUCUAGGGCUCACUGACUCACCUACUCAUUGAGUUCCAGGUCUCAGUGGGAGACCCUAUGUCAAAGCAGACAAAACCAACCAGCUAGCCAGCCAGCCAACCAACCAACCAACCAACCAACCAAGAUGACUGGCUCCUGAGGAAUGAUCCCAAGAUUGACCUCUGGCCUCCACGUGCGCAGCCACACAAAGUUGUUCAGUACAGCAUCUUUUCACCCUGUUCAUCCAACCACCCUUUCCCAUACCUGUGCUCCACUAUACUCAGUUCAUUCAACAAGUCUUUACUAAGGUGUUUGAUGUGAAGGGGCCGACAGUGGGUUUUGGAUGGAAGUUGCAAUGAAUGAAUGAGGCUCCUGGGAGUUGACAGAGAACCCCUGAAAGCUGUGAAGUGAGGGGGUACCUCAAAGCCUCCACAGUGUCCUUUUAACUUUAUGGACAGGCAACUGAGUCAACAUGUUAAAUAAACCUCCUUCAGAAUUUCAACCUCAGAACUUAAAUUUGUGGUCUUAAAAUUUUGUUAUUGAAUGGAGACUUCUCUGUACAUUGUGGGAUAUUUAAUAGUGCCCCUCUUCUCUGUACCUCUGUAAAAAAUUGUCUCCACCUGUGGUGAUACAUACUUGUAAUCCCAGUAUUCAGGAGGUGGAGGCAGGAGGAUCAGGAGUUCAAGGUCAUCCUUGGCUACAUAAUGAGUCUAAGGCUAGCCUGGGCUACCUGAGGUCAUGUUUCAAAAAAAUAUUGUCUUUAGACAUUGCCAAAUGUC